UUUCAGCUUCCUUUGUUGAAUCAAGAAACACCAAACGGAAACUUAUUAUAUAUUUUUUCUUUUCGUAUUUCCAAUUCUAAUCCGAAAAAAAUAACAUAAAUAUUUUUUUUUCUUUUAUGUUGGUUUUAGUCGGUUUCAAAAUCAUAAAUUAACUCUCAAAAUCUCACCGGUUUCGAACCUAACACCUUCCUUCUCAUCUUCUAUCCAUCUCUUGGUAUUUCUAAAUCCACUGUUAACAACAACAUUCUUUCUUGGAUGAUACAGAUACUUGCUUCUUUUUAUUGAAAUACUGGUUUCCAGUUUUACUCAAUGGCCAUUUAGACGAAAUCAGUUUCAAUUCUUUCAGGUAUUUAGAUCUCUAUACUUUGGUCCUUCAACUCUUGUUUGGAAGGAAGCCAAGAAAUUGAUCCUGCAUUAUCUCCAUCUGUCUAAAUAAAUACCCAGAAACAUUGAAAAUCAAAUCUGGCAACAAUGAUGUCAAGGUCUUGCAUAAAUUUAUUGGACUUAGCAUCUGGGGACAUGUUGAAUUUCCCUCAAACUCCUAGAUCUCUUCCAAGGGUGAUGACUGUUCCAGGAAUUUUUUCUGACACAGAUGCUGACGGAAGCAAUGAUGGAGAUUCAGAUGCUCUAUCAACUGGAAGCCGCAAGAAGAAAAUUAUAGUGGCAAAUUUUCUUCCUCUAAAUGCACACAAGGAUUUAAAAUUGAAUAAAUGGCUAUUCAGUUUUGAUGAGGAUUCACUUCUGUUACAAAUGAAGGACGGAUUUUCAAUCAAUACAGAAGUUGUUUACGUGGGAUCACUCAAGGCUGAUGUAGAUAUAAGUGAACAAGAAGAAGUUUCCCAAUUAUUGCUAGAGCAAUUUAACUGUGUACCCACAUUUCUCCCUCCUGACCUUCACAAAAAGUUUUACCAUGGUUUCUGUAAGCACCAUUUAUGGCCUCUUUUCCAUUACAUGCUGCCUAUGUCGCCUGAUCAUGGCAAUCGUUUUGACAAGUUGCUGUGGCAGGCCUAUGUCUCUGCUAAUAAAAUUUUUGCAGAUAAGGUCAUGGAGGUUAUUAACCCUGAAGAUGAUUACGUUUGGGUUCAUGACUAUCACCUAAUGGUUCUUCCUACUUUUUUGAGGAAGCAUUUCUACAGAGUCAAGCUUGGCUUCUUUCUUCACAGUCCCUUCCCCUCAUCAGAAAUUUACCGAACUCUGCCAGUUAGAGAUGAAAUUCUGAAAGCACUGCUGAAUGCAGAUUUAAUUGGUUUUCAUACAUUUGAUUAUGCUCGACAUUUUUUGUCGUGUUGUAGCCGAAUGCUAGGCUUAGACUAUGAAUCAAAACGUGGUCAUAUUGGACUUGAGUAUUUUGGCCGUACAGUAUAUAUCAAAAUUUUGCCUGUGGGAAUUCAUAUGGGCCGAGUUGAAUCUGCUCUAAAUCACCCCUCUUCUUCCAUCAAGGUCAAAGAAAUCCAAGAACAGUUUAAGGGGAAAAAGAUUGUUGUUGGAGUUGAUGACAUGGACAUUUUCAAGGGCAUUAGUCUGAAAUUAUUAGCCAUGGAACAACUUUUGCAUCAGCAUCCUGAGUUUCGGGGAACAGUUGUCAUGGUUCAGAUUAUAAAUCCUGCAAGGAGCUGUGGGAAAGAUGUACAAGAGGCAAAAAGGGAGACAUAUUUGACUACCAAAAGGAUAAACAGGAUCUUUGGUUUUCCAGGCUAUGAACCAGUGGUCCUGAUUGACCGUCAUGUACCUUUCUAUGAGAAAACAGCCUACUAUGCAUUGGCUGAAUGUUGCAUUGUAAAUGCAGUGAGGGAUGGAAUGAACCUGAUCCCGUACAAAUACAUUGUUUGCAGGCAAGGGACUCCUAAAAUGGAUGAAGCUCUGGGAGUUGCUUUUGGAUCACCUCAUGCGAGUACUCUUGUUGUUUCAGAGUUUAUUGGUUGCUCGCCAUCUCUCAGUGGUGCAAUAAGGGUAAAUCCAUGGGAUGUUGAAGCUGUAGCUGAUGCACUAGAUUUAGCCCUCACCAUGCCUGAUUUAGAGAAGCAGUUGAGGCAUGAGAAGCACUAUCGCUAUAUUAGCUCUCAUGAUGUGGCUUAUUGGGCUCGCAGUUUUGUACAGGACUUGGAGCGAGCAUGCAAAGAUCACUACAGUAAACGUUGCUGGGCAAUUGGUUUUGGUCUGAAUUUUAGAAUUUUGUCACUUUCACCAAGCUUUAGGAAGCUUUCCAAUGACCAUAUCGUCUCUGCAUACAAGAGGACAUGUAGGAGGGCGAUAUUUCUGGAUUAUGAUGGAACAAUGGUGCCUCAAACAUCCAUUGUUAAAACCCCGAGUCCCGAAGUUAUCUCUGUUCUGAACAACCUCUGUAGUGACCCCAAGAACACCGUGUUCAUAGUCAGUGGAAGGGGAAAAGAUUCUCUGAGUGAGUGGUUUUUACAAUGUGAGAAUCUGGGAAUAGCAGCUGAGCAUGGAUACUUCAUGAGGUGGAGUAGGAUGUUCAAUUGGGAAACUGUUUCUUUGGCAAUGGAUUUUGAUUGGAAAAAGAUUGCAGAACCUGUGAUAAAAUUAUAUACAGAAGCAACUGAUGGUUCCUAUAUAGAGACCAAGGAGAGUGCCUUGGUAUGGCAUCAUCAAGAUGCUGAUCCAGAUUUUGGAUCUUGCCAGGCAAAGGAACUGUUGGAUCAUCUUGAAAAUGUCCUUGCAAAUGAGCCGGUAGUUGUCAAGAGGGGUCAGCACAUUGUUGAAGUAAAGCCACAGGGAGUUACUAAAGGGUUUGUUGCAGAGAAAGUUCUUUCUGCAAUGAUCAGUAAUGGGAAAGCCCCAGACUUUGUAAUGUGCAUUGGGGAUGAUAGAUCAGAUGAAGACAUGUUUGAAAGAAUAUCAAGUACAGCUUCUAGUUUGUCAUUUCCCUCAGCUCCAGAGAUUUUCGCUUGCACUGUUGGCCAAAAGCCAAGCAAAGCUAGGUAUUACCUAGAUGAUACUGUUGAUGUACUGGCAUUGCUUCAAGGUUUGACCACUGCUUGUGUAAAGUCGAGAGGUUUCUCAGAAGUACAAGUUUCUUUUGAUAAUUUUGUUUGAAAGGCGAAACAGUAUUGGCCCUUUUGGUGCAAUGGUUAUACUGUUCAAAGAAGUGGAAUCAAUGGCUUGGAUGGGAAAGAAUGCAUUUCAUCUUUGAUGCGAUUCAAAUGGUUCCUCACAAUACUAGUUGAUAUUAACUUAUUCGUUGCAUACUGGAGUCUGGCACCACCACUGGCACCGCCUUCCAGUUAUUUCACUGUGCAGGAGGUUCGACUGGCAUACCUUUUGUUUUUUUCCCUCUUUUUUAUCACUAGAUUGCAGGAGGAUGAGGGCUGGUGUAUGUAUGUUGCGGUGUGGAAGAAGAUGCUUGUGCAGUUCACAGAUUUAGAUGUCAUACUGAUGAGGAGACAAUUUUCUUGUAUACAUGAAGAAAAAUGGUUUCGCUUAUACAGAAAGGCAUUCUUUAAUGGGUUAAUGCAGUGUUGUUUUUGACAAGAGAGGCUCAAUUUUUUUUCCAUCUGUAUGUUAGCAGACAUCUAAGAUUCAUUCAUUCUUUACAUGUUGUGAGGCUUAAAUUUACA